UCAGGGAGGAAUCCCCGCAGCCUGACCCCGCCCCCUGAGCCUGGGAAAGAGCGGCCACGCCCCCUCCUUCGCGAACGGGCGUUCUAAUUCUUGUCCCAGGAACGCCCAUUCAGGGUCGUUGCCAAAAGUUGCGUCUGCGCGAGCGCGCCACUUCAGCUUCCAAUCCCGCCUUCGAAGGGGAGGUGCGCUUUUCCUCCUUCCCCUUCCCCUCCUGGCUCAAUGCCUGGUCGCUAUUGCUGCCUCCUCCGGCGUGCUGCGCUCUAACCCGGAGUCAGAAAAACAUUAGAACCCGCCUCCCUCGCUUCCUUUCGGGGUUGUCCUGCUGCUUUGGGCGGCAUGUUUCGUGCGCCUGCUCAGAGGCUGUGAUUAGAAGGGCCGUUCAAGGAGUUGGGGAUGGAGGCUGUUUUGGAGCUGGUGCUGCGGGAAGAGGUGGCAGCCAGCGCGGUGGUGAGGUGGCUCAAGGCGAGCCAGAGCUCCUGCCCUGUGGAGGAAAGCCAAGUCCACCCCAAGCUAGCUGUGCUCUGUUUACUUCAGAAGGACUUUGUGCCUUUUUUGCUGAAUUACUUAAGAGAACAGACCAGUCAGAUAUUGACCAAUGGCCCUUCUACUCCUGCUAAAACUCCGAAGUCCAAGGUCCUUGGGAAUUCUUCUGGUUAUAGGAACCAGAGGACAGGAUCUGAAAGGAGAACUCAUAGCACAGCUGGUUCUAGUAGCAGCCGAGUGAAGCUCUUUUGUGAAGCAUCUCGUGGCAGUUUGUCCCCUCUCAAUACCACUGUUUCUGCUUCAGAGUCUCAUGGGUCUGUUUAUACUGGAUCAAGUUUAUUGGGUUUCUGCAAUGAUUUCCCAAGUUUGGAUACCAGCAGCCCAAGCUUUGGUUCAGGUUCUGUAUUUCAUCGCAGUGAAAGACGCUCAGGUCAAAAAGCAAGUUUGGGGAACUUCCUUGUUGCUGGUCCUCCAAGGCGAAGCAGAAGAAAAGGCAACAAUUCUUUAAGUUCUUCUGGUCAGUCAGUGGUACAAGAGCUGGGGCUGACUUCGAAUGAUGAAGGGAAGAAUGACAGCUCACCUUUGGGCUUAUCAGGGCAGAGGAAACAGAGUGAAGAGAGUCCUGUCGCUACCAGUUCCCCUCUUGAUCAACUGAACUUAAAUGACCUGGAACAGUUUCCACCCAUGAAUGCAGCUCGGACAACAAAGAAAACAAAACCAUUGAGAAGAAUCAACCCUACCCCGGUGAGCAAUGAGCGACCACUCUCCAAGCCUAAAAUGUGUUUCACAUCCACCCCUGUUGGACAGUCUCAGAUUUCUCUGUUUCAAUCUGAAGCAAGUCCUGAGGCCUUUCCUAUCCCCCAGGAAUCAAGCGUUACCUCCAUUCUAGUCAGCCUUCAGGAAGAGAGAGAGAUGUUGAAGAAGGAACGGUCCAAGUUGUUGCAUCACACUUCUUCCUCAUCAGGCUUAUCUCUGGAUUUUGGUACAUCCAACAAACCUAGCUGUGGCUGGAAUGUAGGUCUCCUAGUUGAAAACCAAUUGGUAACUUCUGCAAAUGUCAAAAAGGUCACCUGCAGAAAACAGCUGGAGCUACUGGCCCAAUUGUAUUCAUCUUGCAUAACAGAAAACCUUGUGCCAAAUAUUUUCCUGGAGCUUUUCUUUGUGUUGCAGCUGCUAACAUGCAGGAGAACAUUUUCUUCAGAUGAUCAAGAGAAAGACUCAGAUUUUGAUGAAGAAUAUAGAGAUGCAGUAGAGGGGCAACACUUUCGCAGUGUGCACAACUGUGUCUAUUUUGCUGUGCAGGUCCUGGAUUAUCAGUUUGAAGUUGUAUCUCAUUUAGAGAAAGGUACAUUGAAGUUCUUGGCGGAGAAUGAAAGGAUCGCAUCCUUUUCCCCUGACUUGCAUAAAAGGCUUAUGGCAGCUUAUGAAAACAGCACAGCAAAGGUGUCCCUUUUACUGCCCUCAUCUGUGCAGUCUGUUUCCUUCCAACCAGAAACUGAUGAUCGGUCUAACUUUUCCAGUGAUAAGGCAUUUCACAUAUUUAAGAAGCAAAGGGAUAUUUUCUACGAGUUACUGCGUGAAUGGGAAGAUAAUAGUGAAAAAUCAGGUUGGGAUUUUGAGAGGUGCCUGGGCAACAGGAUCAGAAAUAUGAUGGCUCACCUUUCAGCAGCCUGUAACUACAGCCACUUUGCCAGGCUCUUUCAGAAACAGCUUCUUCAGAUGUGUAAAGUUUCCACUGGAGGUGCCACAAGUUGGGGAGACCCCCCAGACCAGGAUGUGCUUAAUAUGCUGGGGUCAGACAAUCUGAGUCGAUUGAAGAGGCUGCAAGAGAGAUUUAUCGUCCCUCAGAGCAUCAGAGGACCAUGCCCACCUCCUUCCUUCCCUGGAUGCCAGGAGUUCUUCAGGGACUUCAUCUUGAGUGCUGGAAGCUAUCAAUUUAAUCAGCACCUGAUGGAUAGUCUGUGCCUGCAGAUACUGGAACUGGAUGCUGUUGCCUUGGUGGAGCAUGAGCGCAGUGAUGGGGAAGCAGUGGAUGAACAGGAUGAAAAGAAGCGUUUUGCUGCAGUCCUUAUAAACCUUCGACUCAUGGCGAAAUUUUUUGGAUUCCUUGUCUUCCUGCCUUAUCACACAGUGGAGCCCCUGACAGGAGACCUGCAAGCAUCUGCGGUGACCUUAAGGAACCACACACUUCCUGUGCUGGAUAUUUUGAAACUGCUAAGGCAGUCAGUUCAGAAACGGCGCACAGUCCUCACUGUGCCUUGGGUUGUAGAAUUCCUUUCCCUUAUGGAUCAUAUUGCUCCGUUUCUUGAUUACUAUGGGAAGAUAUUUACUCUCCUCCUACAGCUGUACAGAUGUCUGCUGCUUUCUGAAAAUAAAAAGAUGUGUUUUCUGAACAAGAUACUGAUCCUUGCUGUUUUGGGAUGGCUUUUUCAAGUCCCAACUGUCCCAGAGAACCUUUUCUUUGCGGGUGAAGCAAGACUGGAAGUAUUAACAACAGACUUAGAAAUAACAGCUCAAGCUCUGGAUUCUGUUCCUUUGGUGGAUCAGCAGUUGCUGUAUUCUUGUUGUCCGUAUCUUGGUGAGUUGAAGAAACUGCUGUCAUCUUUCGUGUCUGGUAGUGGAGGAAAGAAUAGUGGCUACAUAAGAAAAAUAACCCCAACUGCUGCAGAGUCUCUGGCCCCAAAGCUUUCCCUCACUCAGCAGAAACUUCAGGCAGAGCUGGAGCAAGCCUUCUUCCACAAUCAUCCCCCAUCACUGCGGAGAACAGUAGAAUUUGUGGCAGAAAGGAUUGGAUCGAACUGUGUCAAAAACAUCAAGGCAACUUUGGUAGCAGAGCUGGUGAAAAGAGCCGGGGUCAUACUGCAAGGCAGAUUGAAGGAGGAAGAUGCCAAUUAUGACAAGUUGCUUGAUGGGGUCUGCUCUGAGCUGUAUGAAGAAGGAGCACAGGCUCUUACCCAAGCUAAAGAAUUCUGCAAGAAGAAGGGGCCCGAGGCUAUGAAAAUCCUUCUGCCAGAAGAAAUAUCUGCAGCAGUUUUGAACUGUGCAGCAAAUAUAGCAGUGGGGUUAGCUACUGAGAAGGCCUGCACGUGGCUCUCCACCAACAUCACAGCUUUGAUUAAGAGAGAAGUAAAAGCCAUCUUCAGUCGCAUGCUGAAAGUUCAGGAGCCUUCCCUGCCUGAUGCCAGUGAAGGUGUUCAGAGGAAGAAAAGCUGCCCCCCAGACUGCCAGCACCAGAUAAUGUUCCCUUCCCAGAUAAUCAAUGAAAUCAAGGAUGUCCUUUGUAUUACUGUGGGCCCUCGGGAUGAAGAUGAAGAAAUUCAGUUUCUCUAUCUGGAAGGUUUAUUGGGAAGACUGAGACAGACUCUUCAGUGCAGAAAGUUCAUAUGCCCAGCAUCAGAACAACAGCUAGCUAAAUGCACCGUAGAGCUGGCUUCCCUCCUAGUUUCAGAUCGUGUACCUAUCCAGUGGCCAAACUUUCAUGUACCAAAGAAACAGGAGCAGCAGCAAGCUAAGAACAACCUUAUCUGUAGCCUACUAAAAUCCUUGCUUUCCAUAUGGAAAGAAGAUUUUGAAGCACCUGUUCCAUUACAGCUCCUCUUCAGUAGAAGAAACACUGCAUACCUUGCAGACAACAAACAGCGUGAGUGGGACUUGUUCCUGUUCAUGCUUCACAGCAUUGUUGACUACAGUUUAAUGUCAGAUGCAGAGAUAAAACAGUGUUUGAAUGGCCUCCAAAAAUUCCCAUGGCCUGCAGACUUUUCCAAGGAACUAGAAGCUCUGUUAAGAAUAUUCAUUUCUGAGAACUACAUUGAAGAACCAAAGGGUAUCUCUUGUGAAUUGCUGGGACAGUCUAGAGGAACAGUGGCAGCACAAAGCUAGCAUGGGCAUAGAGUGUCAGAGCUGCUAGCAUUGUUCAUUAAUGCCUUGACGUGGUUGCAGACGGACAUUAAUCUGGAUCCUCCAUUUGGUUCAUUGCAAAAUGAUAUCAGGUGUUAAAAUGUACGAAGUAUCAAGAAGACACCUUCUAAGCACCUUAAUAGGAACUGCAGAAUCAGAUUUGUUUCUUUGUGAAAGCAAAAUAAUUUAGUACCCACAAGUUGGGAAUAGAACUUGUAUAGUUCUGCAAACACAGCUGGAAAGGUUGGUUCCUGAAAUGUGUGAGAUUCUCACUUGGAAAAUUCUCUUGUUUUAGUAAAGUUCAUGUGCUGCCUUGAAAGGAGAACUUUGACAUGAGACUACUAUUUUAAUUAUCAAGCAUGCACAGUUGAAAAGUUUUAAAUUAUAUCAUUUCAAAAGUUCAAAUCAUGUUUUUAAACUACUGCUGUUGUGUCAGAAAUCAAAUUACAUCUUGUCUGUGAGUUUUAAAAAGGAGGGGGUGCUUCCAUGCCUUCUGUUAAAAAUACUUUUUGUAUUUGCCAUUUUCUAAUAAUGAGGGAAGUUUUACUUUGUAGUGUGAAGGUAUAUUAAGCAGAAGCAUUUAGUUAAAUAUAAUUAUGAACUGUGAAUUAUUUACCAAUUUAAAGCUAUACUUUAAAAAAAGAGAAUGUUCUAAAGAUGGCAACUUCAGAGCUUGAAAUUAAUAAUUUUUCUGGGAUGGCAUCUUCAGUGUGCUUUCCUAGGAUGCUCCUUGCCCAGGUGUGCUCUAGAAUUUUGUGUGUGCUAACCAGAUCCUUUAAAAGCAAGUCUACAGACUCCCAAAAUAUUCUUCAAUGCUUGGCACUGAGUUUCUUAUGGGCUGUGUGUCACUUUGUCUCUUCCCUCCUCCUGUUUCCUUCAACAUAUUAAAAUAUUUUCCUUGGGAA